AUGGCAAAUAAUGCUGGGGCGAAUGGCUACAACGAUAGUAACCGCGCCUUUCUCCAAGCGUUCAUGGCCCGGUCGACCAUGACGCUUGAGGAAGCCAGGCUUGUUCUGGCAGCGAUCUUUUCGGCGCACGAGGGCCAGCUCGUCUCCCCUGAUGAUGUAUCGCAAGAAGAUCUCGACUCCUAUAUCGAUGCUGCCAACGCCGCAAUUUCUCCGUUCGACCUGGAAAUCAGGAGCACGCUACGCCAGUUACAGAUUGACCAACAACUAAACGGAACCACGCAAGCUGAACGAGUAUAUGCUCUUGUGAAUACCACCAGUGAUCCCCUCAUGCAAUUAGCCACCACCUACUCGGCAGACGAGAUUGCCUUCAUCAAGCGUGUUCUUGACGCGAUCUUCGAUACUUACAAUACACGACGAUGUGAGGCCAUGGUAGUCAGUGGUAUACAGGCCAUGCAGCUCGCUAAGGCUUCCUCGGAUUCAAGUCGACGGGAGUCCCAGGCCGCCACGCAGCAAACUCAGGGAGGAGCAGCGCAGUCUUUGACCAUGUCGCAGGCGGAGAUGGUCUUGAAGCAGCUUGAGGAGGAAGGCUGGCUAGAGAAGAGCCGGAAGGGAUUCUACAGCUUGAGGCGGAGAGUGGAUAAGAUCAAGUUCUGCGCAGCAUGCAAGGAUAUUAUCACGGUGGGUCAACGUUGCGGCAACCGUGACUGCUCGGGCCGGCUUCACGAUAUGUGCACUCGGAAUUUCUUCCGUAUGCGGCAGGCUGAACAGUGUCCUGUGUGCAAGGCUCCUUGGCCCGGUGACAAAUUUGUCGGCGAAAGAGCCAUUACGACCACGGAUACAUCCAUGCCAGGCCGAAGAACAGGUACUAACACCCGGCGCGAAAGUGGUGUCGGCACUAGCACACAGGUCGCAAGCCAGGUUACCAAUCAAGACAAUGAGAGUGACUGA